CAAAAAUGCGGAGUUUCUUAUAGCAAGGUAGGAUGCUUUGUAGAUAAACGUCGACCAUUUAGAAACAUGCUUCUCGACCAAAGGAAAAACAUAGAUUGGCAAAACUGGAACGAUUUUCUUGAGCGGUAAGAAGCAGAUAAUUCAGAAAAAUAAUCAUGUCAUCUAUAUUAUUGUCCUAAAUCGUUCCUCAAGGGUAAAUAAUUGUUUGGGUUUCAAAGUAUCUGGUGUUGAACAGAAAAUAAGAAGUUGCUAUAAAAGUAUGCUUCUUGCGUAAGGUGUCUUUGUGUUUUCCGAACAUUUUCUCUUAGUUUGCCCCAUGUGGUUCCCUGCGGUCGGUGUGUCCUUUCCCCGCUCCAAUUGCAAGGUUUAUUCAACUGAAAAUACAGUUAACUCUAAUUCAUUUGCUCCCUGUAAUACCGAAUUAUUUACAAUCAAGAUUGACUAAAAUUUUAUUGAAAUCAAGCACCCCUUAAUUUUUCUUUCCUUCUUCAGCUUUGUGUGCGCAUGCGCGAACAAGACUGUCACUGAUGGUUGUGCAUAUUUCGGAAUUCAAUUUUGGGCAGAGUGCUGGGCUGGUGAGAACCCGGAUGUUGCCUACAAUUCUGAUGGUCAAUCAAAUUCCUGCUUCGGUCACGACUUUUUGCCAUGCGUAAGAGUUUCAUCAAGCUGUGCGGGUGCCAAGGAUGUUAACUUCGUGUACAAAAUUGAAGUGGAUCAGCCUCCAGAUGGUAAUAAGAGAAGUACAUAUGUUACAUCAUUAUUCCAAAUAGACCAUACUUGUCCAAAAUGGUAGCUGAAAAUUUUAAACAUCAUUCUACAAGAAUGCUAUACCAACCCUCGGAGGACCUUUAUUUGGUCAAGCCUGAGUAGUUAAUCAGUCGAGAAAUAUGUAUAAUGACUAGUCGACUCUUGACCAGUCGUUAUGUUACCAUUGGAAAAGUUUCGAAGUCCCAUACAAAGUGGAGAAAUAUUUCUUACAAGCUAAGCUUAAACUUUACAGUUUUAUCGACUUAGUAUUUCGCUCCUAACCUGUAUUUUCCUUUCGCACUCUUUUUUCAGGGGGGGUGGAGGAGGGUUGGAAGAGAGACAAUAGAAACGAGUUUAAUGAUAAGUGUUAUGUUUUGGUCGACAUUUUGGAUAAUAGCUUCCUUGCAAUGCCACCUUCUUGACAUAAAGACUAUUUAAUUCCUGUUGGUUUGUGUUAAUUUAUGUGCAUUUUAUUUCCUUUGCAGCUUGCCGAGACCAGGAUCCUGUAAUGUGUCAAAAACAUCUUGAAUUUUGUGACAGUUAUGUACAUAUGGCCAAAAUGUGCCCUCGGACUUGUAAUUUGUGUCGAGACUGA